AAAAAAGUGCAUUCUGAAAGCAAAACAACACAGUUGGUCUUAAGGACAGCACAGGCUCGGCACAAUUUUAGAAACUGUUGACUUCCAAACGUGAUACAGUCUUCUUUACGUAUGGCCUCAACUGUGGCUACAGCGUUGGUGUGGGGGUGUUGUAAAGGUAGCCCAGGAAAAUAAUGUUGUUAUCCAGAUACAGGUUUUUAAUUUUACCUAACAGGUGCUCUGCUUCACUUUUGAUGUCAUUGUAGGUUUUAAAGGUUUGAAGCUCAUCGUAAGUCAGAAAUUGGUCUUACGAAAUAACAAAUUCUAGAUAGAUUUUAUUUUCAUCUUGAGUUCGUCAACAAGGGAAACUAUCCGAGGACGCACACAAAUCAAUGAUUUGACAUUUCUAGAUAUAUAAAUACACACAAGGGAGUUAAAUCAUGUCGAUAUCUAGCGUAUCGCUGAAUUUGACAGCAUCCUACGAAACAAGGAUGACAUCUACAUCAUCUUUAGCAACUACGCUAGCGACAAAUGUGGUCAUAACGGAUCAAGCGUUUGUCUCCCCGUCUUCGGCACUAGUAGAACUUCAGAUUACUCCAUCUUCAGUGCAGACGACUCUAGAAACGUCUUAUUUAUCUCCUCUUGACUCGCUUCAUACACCGAGUUACUUAGACACGUCAAUGACUUUAAUAAAUAGUUCGUUGGCGUCAGAGCCUAAUUCUGACAUUAACACGCUAGUCUCGUCCGCUGAUUUAAAAGGUCCUGUUAUUCAGUUUACAUCUGUGUCUGUAAAUGCAUCGAUAACAUCAUAUGAACAUUCUUCAGAUGUCUCCAAAACGUCUUCGACUAAUUUACCAUCUUUAUCUGAUUCAACACUGCAAGCAAGCCCUGAAGUGACAUCACCAUUAAGCACCAGUUCAACAAAUUCUAGUCCUUUCUUCCUUAGCAACGUCUCUACAAAAGCAACAAUGGAAUCUGCAACGGGCUCAGCAGCAUUAUUUUUUAUUGAGUCAUCAGCAUCGACGGAGCAACCCUCUGACUUUAUGACAUUGGAGUCGUUGGAAACUAUUAACGGGACUACCGUUUUCCCGACAUAUACUGUAGAAACUAUUAACGGGACUACCGUUUUCCCGACAUAUACUGUAGAAAAUAAUGAUGCCAAUAUAACGGAUGCAUGGUCUUUAAACGAUGCUAAUAUAACGAGUGCAUGGUCACUGACGGAAGAAUUAUCGCUAAUAAACUCGACUCUUCAAGAAUGGGAAAGAACCCAUGAAAUAAUGUCCGAUAACGUAACCAAUUCACUCGAAACAAUUAGCUCUACUGAAUUAUUUCCCUUUGAAUCUUCCACUGACUGGAAUACUACUACGGAGACUACUUUCGAUACCACGAAUGCAACAGAGAUGUGGAAUACGACAGAAGAAACGUCAACCACCACUACCGAAACAACCACCUUUACGACAACCACACCACUGACAACCACAACAGAGACAACAACAACUACCACUACGACAACGACCACAACAACACUGGAGACCACCACGGAGGUACCCAUUUCCGAGUACCAUUUGACCGUUCCAGUCAUCAUAGGUAUUACCGUGGGUCUCAUCGCGUUGACGGCCUUGAUCUUCAUCAUGCUGCUGUGGCGGAGGAAGAUGAAGCAGGACCACAGCAUCAGCGUCCCCAGGCGCUACUCCGUCAACUCCACCAAAUCCAGCAGCUUUAAGCACCAGAGCAUUUACGGGCACCGCCGGGACGAGCAUCACCACCACCCGGGAUUCGCCCCUGUCUACUACGGCGAGACAAAUCAAAACGAAGAUCACUUCCCGAUUCGGAUGAACAGUUACAAAUUUAAAAACGGCAACCCGAACCCUAACCCUCAAACCGGAAAUAAUUUUGACCAAAUCAAACUCAAAUCACGUGACUCUGUCAGUCGAGCAGACGAGAUUAAAAAAGACAAUUUAAACGUAAGGCACAGUUUCCCUUACGUGAAACGAAAAUCAACGAAAAAACUUUCAAAAUCUGAGAGAGGAACAACAGAAAUCAUUUCUCUAGCUUCUAGUAAAGACAACACGAUUGUUGACCAAAACUCAAACCAUACACAAGAUGAUAAAAAACAAGACACUAGUAAACUAAAUGGUUAUCAUGAUAAUAAUGUCAUAGUACUCAGCGAUACUGGAAAUACAUUGGAUAUAGAGCAACAAACGAAGCUUUGAGUAGAUAGUCGACAUGGCGAUACGAGUAUAAAAACUGCUUCUCAGCGUAUCUAUUAAACAAUGUACUUGUCCCGACAUGUGAAAAAUCGAAAUGUGUUUCGAUGCGAUAGAGACGCCUCUGGAACAAAAUAGAGACGCCUUUGUAUUAAUAUAAUAGAGACGGGGACUGCUGUGGACUACUCUGAAUCAAUGCAGCUGGAUCAAAAUGUUGUAAUAACUUAAAACGACUCAACGAUGUUUAUUUACAUGGGGACAUCACCAAUACAUAGAACAACGUCUGCCUUGAGCAGUCUCUUCCGAAGCUCUAGACUUGGGCGGAACUCCGUUAUCUUCUGGCUAAUGUCGACAUCCGUCCCAGUCCAGUCUCUAACAGUGCGCACCUUCUGCACUAGCUUGGAUGGCGGUGUGCACGGCAAGGUUAUAACAAUCGCUUGUGUAAACGCUGUGACUUUAAUUGGUGGACUUGCAUUUUUAAAUUUUUUCGUUUUUCUGGAAUUCAAGACAGUUAUUGACGCUGUUCAAACUUUUAUAAAGAUCUAGAUGUCAAUAAAAUGAGAUACUCAAGACAGUAGUAAAUACUUUGUACCAAGAUAACAUUCUUUUGUUUCCAUCCUAGCCCCAAUGCCGUAGUAAGGGUUAUAACGACACAGUAGUUGAUAUAAAACAAGAGGGAGGGUGGGGCUGGCCAUUUGGGCACUAGGUCCAAUGCCAGGUGGACAUACGUAGACGCAUGGAAUUGCAUUAAGGCACGUAACACACUAACAAUUUUAAAAAUAUUAUCUUGUAACACUGACCCACGAAGCAGUGCGCUGUGACUCGCCCUAUUUGUACAAUUUAUUUAAAACUUUUAGGAGGCUGAGUGGUAAUGUGCUUGACUUCCGAAAUGAGGUGUCCCAGGUUCAAAUCCUGGUGAAGACUGUGAUUUUUUAAAAUUUCGGGUUAAAGGGCGCCUUUGAGUCAACACAGCUCUAAUGAAUACUACUUGUGGAAAAAAAUAAACGCCGUUGGUCGUUGUGCUGGUCACAUGACAUCCUAGUUGAGUGUAGGGCACAUAAACAGAUGACCUUUACAUCAUCUGCUCCAUAGAUCGAAUUACUCUGAAAGGGUUACUUUACUUACCGGUAUUUAAAAUCGUUUAUAGACUUUACCGUGUAAUACGAGUCUAACACACUUAACGUAAUAAUGUAUUAAUAUUAAUAUGCUAUUAUGCUAUAUCCGUACACGUGCUUCUUGUGAGCGUCGGUCCAUUAAGGGCCCUGUAUGCUAAGGGAUUUACAAACAAUGUUAUUUUUUCACUACAAAGCGAGUCUCCGUGCUAAUUUCUAUCUAAACACUAUUGUGGACUUAUGGGGUGUAUCUGUAAGAAGGUUUCCAUGGUUUCAGUAGGCAUUCGGCAAGCACCACUCAACUCGAAUUAAAUUUUCCAACUGUUAUUUUCUAGUUAGCUAGCCAAGCGUUUAAUGUUACACAACCAGACGCAUCAUCACUCACUAGUCUGUAGACACCCAAGGGAAACAACUGAACUGAAAAAAGAACAAUCGCUUGUAUUUUAAAGACAAAGGUAAACAACUGGACUAAAACUUAACUUUAUGUUUUUAUUUCGUUUAGUCCUAGAAACAUAUAGUUACUGGAGAUUACGAACAGUCUACCAUCCUACCUACAUGUAGAAUUACAAUAAUCAUAGGUCUAAUUUACCAUUCACUAUCAGGCUAGACAUACUUUGAGUGCAGGUAGAAUUGUGGGCCUUUCAUUGCCUAUGACACAAUUCUUUGGACAAGAUUAUUUUUUAUUUUAUUUUCACAAAAGUCUGUCCUCUGAAAAGAAAAAAAAAACUAUGUUUGUUUGUGCUUAGCCAUCGUCACUAACCAAUCGUUGAGAAUACAUGUCCUACUAUAUAUAAAAUAUCAUAAUAUCAAACAUUUUAUAUAUAGUUUUAAAAUGUCUCUCUGCAAUGUAAUAGACUGUAAUGGCAUUACAUUCUAGAAAUACAAAGGACUUAUUUUUGGGGCAAGGCCUCCACCGACAUUGACAUAACAGUGACUGCUGGGCAAUGGCUCAAGGAGCAACGAGUCAGUCGAACGGAUAUAAUUCACUGUUCAAACGUCGACUUUCUUUGCACAUUCUAUGUGC